CUAAGGUGGAAGGCUGCUCCUUUAUCAAGAAAAAACACAGAACUUUUAGACUUCCCCAAAUGCUAGAUUAGCUCCUCAAAGAAGGAUCAAGUCACUAUGACUUACCGGCUGUUUGAAGGCAAAGAGCACGCCUCUUCUUACUGGAAGUACAGGAUCUCUCCAUCAGAUCAUCUCAUUCAACAGGUGUUUGACUUCCUGGAAAAACAUAAAGAGGGUCCCUAUGAGCUGGCUGUGGAUGUGGGCUGUGGCUCGGGACAGGGAACAGUGCUGCUGGCCAAGCAUUUUGCUUCUGUGGUGGGGACUGAUGUUAGUCCUGCCCAGAUAGAAGUGGCUCUGCAGCACGCUAAACAGCCAAAUGUUACAUACAGACAGUGUUUGGCAGAGGAGCUGCCAUUUGCUGACAGCUCGGCGGACUUGAUGACAGCCAUGUCUGCCUUCCACUGGUUUGACCGGCCACGCUUUCUGAAGGAGGCCCACAGAGUCCUGAAGCCUCGUGGCUGCUUGGCGUUGCUAAACUACACCAUUGACAUGGAGCUCAGCUACCAGGACUGCUGCUCACAGACUCUCAACGACAUCUGCAAAGAGUUUUAUGAGGCCCUGAAACCCUACCGUAGUCCUCACUUGGGAGUCAGCUCUAUUGAGUUAUACAGAGAGGCCUACAACUCCCUCCCAUACCCUGAUAAGGAGUGGCAGGAGUGUAUGUGGAUGAAAAAGCCCAUGCCUCUAUCCAGCUACAUGGGACUGGUGGAGUCUUUCUCCAGCUAUCAGGGUCUCUUGAAAGAAGACCCUCAGAAAGCCGCCAGGCUCUCCAGGGACAUCUGUAACAAGCUGAUGUCAGUGAUGAAGGUGACCUCUGAGGACACAGAGGUGGUGGUGGCUGUGAAGUACUUCUACCUUCUGGCCUGCAAACCACAGGACACUUGACUCCUGCCUGUACCAGCAAACUCACAAAUGCAAAGCAGAACAGAAACGUGUAGAAUCCAGAAGUUUAUCUUUAGCAGUCCCUUUUCUUUGAGAGACAAUGUAUAGUUAUUAGGGCUGUCAAAAGAUUAAUAUUUUUAAUUGUGAUUAAUUUCGUCAUUUCAUUUCGCUCAGGAGUGUUUUACUGACGUUUUGGAUUUUCCUACUGCCUUAAACUAAGAGUAACUGACUUUCUAUUUGGACAUUGACCUGCUUUAAAGGUAGGACAACAAGCAUAACAUGAAGAUAACCACAAGAAAACAAUUUUUUAUGGAUCUUAAAGGAAAUAACAGGGUGGUGAAAAGGUAAAUGUUUGAUAACAGAAGGUUCAGAUGACUUCUGACUCAUCCUGUGAGCUGUCUUUUAAAGAGAAAUGAGACAUAAAGGAGCGGUGGUGGACUUAUUUUAAAUCACUGUGGCUGCAGGGAGACGCUGUAGAGAUUAAACAAAGUGUGUUGAAAGGGACAAUAAAACAUGAGAUCAAUCACAAUUAAAAAAAUAGUGUGACCUUGAUUUAUCUCAAUUAACUUGAUUAAUCUUGACAGCCCUAAUAGUUAUGGAUGUUUUUUACUGUAUUUUCACAGGUAAAUUCGAAUAUCAAUAAAGGA